UGGGGUUUUCAGCAUAUACGGAGUGACGUCACUUUGAAGUAUUAUCGGCCAUCUUGGAGUGCCAACACAAUGGAAGAAAAGGCUUCCUUGAAGGAAUUAGACCAGUGGAUAGAACAAUUGAAUGAAUGCAAACAACUGACAGAAAGCCAAGUAAAAACAUUAUGUGAUAAGGCAAAGGAAAUAUUAGCCAAAGAAUCAAAUGUGCAGGAAGUGAAGUGUCCUGUGACAGUUUGUGGAGAUGUCCACGGACAGUUUCAUGAUUUGAUGGAACUGUUCCGAAUAGGUGGAAGGUCACCAGAUACAAACUAUCUCUUUAUGGGAGACUAUGUUGACCGUGGGUAUUAUUCAGUGGAAACUGUUACACUAUUAGUUGCAUUGAAGGUUCGUUAUCGGGAAAGAAUAACAAUUUUGCGUGGUAAUCAUGAAUCUAGACAAAUCACACAAGUGUAUGGUUUUUAUGAUGAGUGUCUACGCAAAUAUGGAAAUGCUAAUGUAUGGAAGUUUUUCACCGACUUAUUUGACUACCUGCCAUUGACAGCACUGGUGGAUGGACAGAUAUUCUGUCUCCAUGGAGGUCUUUCUCCAUCAAUAGACACACUUGAUCACAUCCGGGCAUUAGAUCGUCUUCAAGAAGUCCCACAUGAGGGUCCAAUGUGUGAUUUAUUGUGGUCUGAUCCUGAUGAUCGGGGAGGUUGGGGUAUUUCACCCCGUGGUGCCGGUUACACCUUUGGUCAGGAUAUUUCAGAGACGUUUAAUCAUUCAAAUGGACUGACUCUUGUGUCACGAGCACACCAACUUGUUAUGGAGGGUUAUAACUGGUGCCAUGAUCGUAAUGUAGUUACAAUUUUCUCAGCACCCAAUUAUUGCUAUCGUUGUGGAAACCAAGCAGCCAUAAUGGAACUGGAUGAUGCAUUGAAAUACUCAUUCCUACAAUUUGACCCAGCCCCACGACGUGGUGAGCCACAUGUCACGAGAAGGACUCCAGACUACUUCCUGUAAAUCAUCACAUCAGGACCAAGCAGUUGGCAUUUAACUGCCAGGCUGCCUUGUGUUUACAUUACCCAUGCCCCCUCCUCUAUGGGCGUUUUUAGUACCCAAAAUGCCAGCAAAAUUAAAUGUGCUGCUACGUAUUUUUAUGUGAGACACCUCCCUAGAUAUAGAUGAUCUGACUGUUUUGACAUAAAAUUACACUAAAAUCUUGUUAUUAUAAAAUUUCCUUUCAGUUUAGGGCUAAGUAUUGUGUUCCCUUUUAUGUAAAAUUUGGUGAACACAUUAAAGAUUUACUUGCAUACAGGACUGAUUUUAUAAUAAUAAGAUUUUAUUGUACUGUAUCUACUAGUAAAAUUAAGCAACUUUUAUUUUGCUCAGUGUAAUAUCUACACCGACAAGGGUAUAAAACAUAAAUGAAACCCUUUGAAUUGUAUGAAAUAUGGUAACAAAAACAAGCCUGUUUGGGCUUGUCUUAUAAUGUCUCCACGAAGUUGUGAGAUUAUAAGGUUGCAAUGCUGCAAAUUCCGCAUUUUGUAUCCUUCCACCCCAUUGCAAAUUAUAUAAAACUGUGGUGGCAUGAAGUAUGAAAACUUUCCUCCUUCCCUUGUAUUUCCCAUUUGUGCUCCUAAGUAAAUUAUCUUGUAAGGCAGAUUACUGUACACUUGUAAUAUUGUGCUUUAGGUUGUGUUAGUGAUAUGACUGAAGAUUUCUGCUUCAUUUGGUCACUUGAUAAUAGCCUGUGACUGGGCACACUUCAGUUAUGAUUGCCCAGCAUAAAUUAUCACUACAGAACUACUAGUUAUAGCAAUUUUUGUCACUGUUCUUUAUUUUCUACAGUCCAUGUCUAUGAUUGUCUUGUAUAUUAUUAAAGUAUGAGUUAUACAGUAUCUGAUUAGUUUGUAGAUCAUUUCAGAGUUUAAUAUUGUCUUUUCUUUUAAAACAUUCAUAUGAAUGCAGAAUAAAUCUGUUCUAUUUGGAA